GAGAGAGAGAAAAAAGUGAAAAAAAACUCAAUUUGCAACUCUGUCUUCAUCUUCUCUCUCUCAUGCCAUUUUCACACACAAAGGAGAAAAAAGAAGAAGAAGAGAGAACAACUUUGAUGAACUGCAUAAGGCAUUCAAUAAAGCAAACAAACUAAUGUCGGUUCUUUAAUCUCUUUAUUAUUCUUCCUUUCUUCACCUCCUUAUCUUCCAUUUUCACUCUGUUUUCAUUUUCUCAAUCUCAAAAAAUGGAUUGCCAAAUCUGAAGAGGAUCCACAUUUAUUAUCUUGGAAUCAAAGUUUCAUAAGUUGAUUGUUCAUCUCUGUGCUCUCCAGAAGAAUUAGUGUGUGCUGCAGAAUAGUAAUUCACCAUGAACUGGAAUCAGCAAACGGAAAUUUAUUACACAAAUGGUGCUGUGCCUUAUAAUUCAAUUGGAAGUUUUAUGGAUUUCUUUGGAGGUGUUACAUAUGACCAUGUUAAUUAUAUAUUUGCCGAUCCUCCCUAUGCUCAGGAGAGUUUAUAUCCAUCCAUCAGCACCAAUCCAUACAAAUUUGGUUAUUCUGAAGCAGGUAGUUUCUCGUAUUACGAUUAUGAUCAUGAAUAUGUGGUGAAUGAUCAUGUAUCUGGAAUCGAGGAGCAUGAUAGACAUUUAGAAAACCCUUCAACUGCCACUGUAAAUGUAGCUGCAAAUGUGCAUAGAGAGGAAAUUUCAGGCUCCAAUUCACUCACUAAUUCUGUGGAAUGUCCCAGGGGUCAAAUUAAUACUCGUGACAGUGAGGUUGUUUGGCACGAUAGUAUCGACCCUGACAACAUGACCUAUGAGGAAUUACUUGAGUUGGGGGAGGCUGUUGGAACUCAAAGCAGAGGCCUUUCCCAAGAUCAAAUCUCCUCGCUUCCAGUCACAAAGUUUAAGUGUGGCUUUUUCUCAAGAAAGAAAUCAAGAAAGGAAAGGUGUGUGAUCUGCCAGAUGGAAUACAAACGAAAGGAUCGGCAGGUCACGCUUCCUUGCAAACAUGUCUAUCAUUCUGGUUGUGGAAGCAGAUGGCUAAGUAUCAACAAAGCUUGCCCAAUUUGCUACUCAGAAGUGGUGAUCAAUACAUCAAAGCGGUGAAGCAAAUAAUAAGCACCGAUGGGGACUGAAAUCAUAUUUUUCUUCUUGGUCAAAGCAUUUUCCCUUUCUAUUUUCGUUAUAGAAUCUUAUAUUUCCUGUUCCUUGUGUUACAUUAGAGAAAUAGUUUAGUGGUAAAUAAGAACAUAAAGAAACACCACAUUCGUUAACGAUGGAGCUUUGUACCACGUGUUCUGUUUUACAUAUUUAGCCUUGAUCUCAAAACUUUGUCACAGAAAGGAUUUCUAGUUUUACUUUUUA